AUGGAAAAUCAUUGUUUUGGCGACAUAAUAUUCGAGAUCCUAUCCCGGCUUCCUGCCAAGUCUCUCAUGCGAUUUAACUGUGUUUGUAAAACUUGGAACAGUUUGAUACGAGAUGAUCCCAACUUUGUCCAGUCCCACAUUGCUCGUUCUCAAGCCCCUCCCACUGCCACCCGCCUGUUGUUUGAUCUGUACUAUCAUGAUAACAAAAGAGAUGUUGCAGUAAAGGAGAAUAAAAAGCGACGAAUAGAAGGAUUUCCUUUAGAACUACAAGAGCCUCGUCAUUAUUUCAACUAUGAGAAGAUGCGUACUUGCUCUAAUCAUUGCAAUGGUCUCAUUUGCUUGUAUAACGUUGAAGAUACUCGAGUUUACCUGCUCAAUGUCACCACAGGAGAGAUAAAAGCUUUGUCAUUCUCCGUGAACGAUGUGAAAUCCCCAUUAUAUCCUCCUAGAUUAUGUCUGGGAUUUGAUUUGGUGAUGGAAAAAUACAAGUUACUUCAACUUUUCGUGGAAUACAACAACAAUAAACUUGUAACAAAGAUGAGAAUUCGAACUCUAGGAAGGGAUUCUUACUGGAGAAACUGUUGUCAUAUGUCAUCAACUGUUUCCCCUUUAAGAAGUAAUUUCCUCAAUGGGGUUCUUUAUUGGGUUCACUGUCCAUGCAGUCGUAUCUUCUACUUCGACUUGACAAAGGAAGAGCUUCAGAGUUUUUCACUUCCAGAAGAAUAUAGUCAUUUUGCAGUAUUGGAUAGUAUGCAAACUGCACUAAGGGGAAAACUGGUCAUGCAUUGCUUUAAUACAGAAAUUAAUUUUAGCAAUUAUAUAUACGAUGAGCUUGUUAAACCGAAGAAAGUAGAGGAAAAUAAUCCACCAUUAAUGGAGAAUUUCAAGGAGGAGAACAGUUACAGAGAGAAUUUUGUAAAGAGAAGUAGAGAGAGAAAAAUUUUGUUUUGUAUUACUUGAGAGAGAGUUCUCUAAUGCUGAUACAUGUCUAUUUAUACAACUCAUUCACUAGCUGAAAAUAUCUUGUAACUAACUACCUCUAACUACCUAGUUGUUGUUCUAGAAUAUUCUAGAAGCGUACAUGCAUAAAUACCACUAAGUAAAAUUAUCUACGACCAGCUACUUUGUACUUAGACUUUGCAGCUCAACACUCCCCCUCAAGUUGAGAAUGUAAGUAUAUGUCUUUCAUUCCCAACUUGGAAACCAGAUAAACAUGUUGCUGAUGUCCCAGUGCUUUAGUCAUCACAUCUGCUGGUUGUUCUUGACUACCAAUGUGUAUUGUCUUGAUUAAUCCGCAUUGUAUCUUCUCCCUAAUAAAGUGACAGUCGAUCUCUAUAUGCUUGGUCCUUUCAUGGUAAAUUGGGUUAGCAACAAUUUGUAGAGCUGCUUUAUUAUCACAGUGUAACGUCAUAGGUAACUCCACAUCCAUUGUAAGUUCUGUUAUCAGCCCUUUC